UUUGAUAUCCAAUUCAGAAGGAGUUCUCAUGAAACUGCUUUAUAAUUUAUAUAGCUAAUUAUUACAUGAAAGCAUGCCGAUGGUACUCGUAUUGUUCCUUAUAUCUUUCAAAUUCAACUUCUGUAAACUAUUCAACUUGUGCAUAUGGCAAAUUCAUUUCAAGAAGAGUGUGAUUACCUGUUCAAGGCUGUUCUUAUCGGGGAUUCAGCGGUUGGGAAGUCCAAUCUUCUUUCAAGAUUUGCUAGAAAUGAAUUUCACUUAGACUCCAAGCCAACCAUUGGAGUCGAAUUCGCUUAUCGGAAUAUUCAAAUGGGAGAUAAGCUCAUCAAGGCUCAGAUUUGGGAUACUGCUGGCCAAGAAAGAUUUAAAGCCAUUACAAGUUCAUAUUACCGUGGAGCUCUAGGCGCCUUACUAGUCUACGACACAACUAGGAGGGCAACGUUCGAGAAUUUGAAGAAAUGGUUGCACGAGCUACGUGAAUUUGCUAGCCCCGACAUGGUUAUUGUUCUUUUGGGCAACAAAUCUGAUUUGAGUCACUCUAGAGAAGUUAAUGUAGAAGAGGGACAGAGCUUGGCUCAGGAGGAAAAUCUUUUCUUUAUGGAAACAUCUGCUAGAGAAAAUGUGAAUGUGGAAGAGGCAUUUCUUCAAAUGGUUGGUGGAAUAUUUGAAAUUGCCAGUCAAAAAAGUCUUCAAAAUAAGACAAAUGAAGCAACUAAUCCAACACUUCAAGGAAAAAAAGAGAUAAUUUACGUUGACGAAGUAUCGGCCACUAAACGAACUAAUAAUUGUUGUUCAUAUUGAACUAAUUCACAUUUGUUUAUGUUGGACACAUGUAUAAAUGGAAGGUGUAUUUUGAUUGAUAUUAUAAAAUGAACAACGUUUUACGAUGUGG